AGUUGAGUGUGAGCCGCUGCGUCAGCUGGUGGAUCUUUAACUGGGUCAACAAACGCGGACAAAAACAAGCCUCAGUCCCUUUUUUCUGCACUUAAGGGCUGGACAAGAUGGAGCUCACCCUGAGCCUCGUCCUGACUGUGUGUGUAUGUGCUGCUGUGAGAGGAGAUGGAGAUAAUGGACACAUCGCUGGAGCUCUUGGAGCUCCGGUGCGUUUGACCGACUCGGACCCCGGACUUGUGAAAGCACUAGAGUUCGCUGAGCGACGCUACAACAUGCUGUCUAACGGGAUGCACAUCCGCAGAGUCACCAAAAUAAUCUCUGCCACCAGGCAGCUUGUUAAGGGAGUGAGAUACAGCAUCACUGCAGAAAUUGGACGAACUCAGUGUAAGAAAUCUGCAGAGUUCCAUGUUACAGAGGACUGUAAAAUUUUCCAAGAGUCACAGAAACGGAAGACAGAGGUGUGUUUGUUUGAAGUGUGGAACAUUCCCUGGGAGAACAAGACCACUCUUCUCAAACAGAAAUGCCAGCCUGUAGUUCGAAAGGAGACUAAAAACAUUGUACAUGUCCCUCUCUCUCAUGCCAAGCCCAGCCAGGAAUCUGUAGACCUUCUGAUGCAGUUCAAAGACUUCAUGGUCAAAUACAACCGCACUUACGCCUCUCAGGAUGAGGCUGAGAAGCGCCUGGGGAUUUUCCAACAGAAUCUAAAAACAGCACAGACUCUGCAGGCUCUGGACCAGGGAACAGCAGAAUACGGUGUGACCAAAUUCAGUGACCUGACAGAGGAUGAGUUCAGAAUAAUUUACCUGAACCCCAUGUUGAGUCAGUGGAGCCUUCAGAAACAAAUGAAGCCAGCAGCUCCAGUGAGUAAGGCAGCUCCAGACAGCUGGGACUGGAGAGACCACGGAGCUGUCAGUAGUGUCAAGAACCAGGGAUUCUGUGGCUCUUGCUGGGCUUUUUCUGUCACUGGGAACAUUGAAGGCCAAUGGUUCAAGAAAACUGGACAACUACUGUCGCUCUCAGAACAAGAGCUGGUGGACUGUGAUAAGCUGGAUCAAGCUUGUGGAGGUGGGCUUCCAUCCAAUGCAUACGAAGCUAUUGAAAACCUUGGAGGUCUUGAGACAGAGGCAGACUACAGCUACACAGGACACAAGCAGAAGUGUGACUUUUUCUCUGGGAAAGUGGCAGCUUACAUCAACAGCUCUGUAGAACUGCCCAAGGAUGAAAACGAUAUUGCUGCUUGGCUGGCUGAGAAUGGACCUGUCUCUGCUGCUCUCAAUGCUUUUGCCAUGCAGUUUUACAGAAAGGGAGUGUCUCACCCUCUGAGGAUCCUGUGCAACCCCUGGAUGAUUGAUCACGCCGUGCUGCUUGUCGGAUAUGGAGAACGUAACGGCGUUCCAUUUUGGGCCAUUAAGAACAGCUGGGGAGAAGACUACGGUGAGAAGGGUUACUACUACCUGUACAGAGGAUCCAGUCUGUGUGGAAUUAAUAAGAUGUGUUCAUCUGCGGUGGUUAAUUAGGACCAUAUGUGAACACGCACGCACAAGGAUAUCGUAGGAAAGAUAUAUGACCACACGUACAAAACCAUGCAUAAAUACCCAAUAGUUACAGUGUUCUAAUAUCUGUUAAAACUGUGAUGUGAUGUAUUCAAGUAUUCUCUACUCUGUCAUUUAUUACUGUUCUUGAGAUUAGAAUUUAUUAAACCUUUGAGUUUAGAUUAAAACACAGAAAGAAAAUGGCAGAGAGGGAUGAAGUGUCAGUACCUCAUAUUACCUUCAUUUCCGUUACAAACAUAAAGUGCAAUGUCUCUGAGUCUGUUACUGUGAUGCUUCAUCGCAUACUUUGUUGUUUUAGUAUAUUUGCCUCUAAUUUAAAUACUGACUUUUAAACUAAUAUUUACUAAUUGAUUUUGUGUUUAUUGUGGUGAUACAUUGGGGUGCUACUGACUUUGGAAGCUGCCCACAAGAGAAUGAUGAAUACUUUUCUAAUUUAUUAACGUUAUUAAAUAAUAUUGAUUAGUAGCUAGUUUAAUAUUGGUUUUUCAUCGUUGUUAUUUAGAAAUAGAUAACUAUGUUUCAAAACAGAAAUGAUUUGAAGUGCACAUAAACAUACUAUAUAAAAUAUACUACAUUUUAUUAUUGAAUGGCACACAAGUGUGACAUAACUUGUUUAAUUAUCAAAGCUUUUUUUUUUUUUAAAUCUGUUUAAAUAAUUGUUGAUUCUUGCAUGGUUUCAGGUCUAUCUAUUUUGGUCAAUCUGCUGAAUAAAAUCACUAAAUUGUUCCAGA